AAAGCAAUAUGGAACAUUCUGACAAAUAUCGAUCUUGGAAGCCUCAACUUUCCAGCAUUCCGCAUUUCAUCAUCAACAUGGCUGGCGAACAUUCAAAAGCAUGCUGCGAGCUUCCGCCGUUUGCUAGCAACUAUCAGCCUAAAGGACAAGUAUCUACCGUCGGCGAUUUGCCCACUUACUUUGUCGGUGAAAAGGGAAAGAGAGCUAUUAUCUUGAUAUACGAUAUUUUCGGUUUCCAUCCCAACACACACCAGUUUGCAGAUGAACUGGCUGCCAAAGGCUUUUUUGUUGCUGAGCCGGACUUUUACCGCGGAAACCCGUGGCCGUUGGAAAAGGUUCCUAUUCAGCUCCCGGAACUAAUGGCCCAUCUAGAGCAGCACGUCCCUGAAAGUCGUAUGCUAGCCGACAUUGGAUCUGUUUGCCGUUAUUUGCGAUCCAAUGGCGCUGAAAGUAUUGGUACUCUUGGCUUUUGCUGGGGGGCGAUCUAUGCGAUAAGAGCCAACGUUGAAGGGUUGGUAGAUGCGUCCGCCGCUGCGCACCCGAGCCGCUUGACCGUCGAGAUUGUGAAGGACGUGAAAGGCCCACUUGCGCUUCUGCCUAGCAAAGAUGAACCCGAUCUUAUUCCUCUUAUGGAAGCCUUAAAGGAAAAACCUUUUGUGGACAAGAAUGUUCAUGUUCGUUUCGAUGAUAUGCACCAUGGCUGGUGUGCAGCGCGUAGCGAUUACAGCAACCCGGCCAAUGCUCGGCGUUCUCGUGAAGCACUGCAGAUCAUGGCACGCUUCUUUGACGAGACUUUACAGGCCAAACUGUAAGACGCAGGCAAACUAGAGUGAAUUCUAUAUAUUCUUCCAACGUAGAUUUAAGAAUCUAUAGACGUUUGAGCUAAAUGUACAAUGCAUGUAAGUGCCGAUUUUUCACUUUUCCACCAGCGGGCGUUGCUCGUCCUCGCAAUAUGACUCGCCAUCUGGAGAUGGCAUGAGCAAAAGCCC